GCUUUGGGCACGGCUGAAAUGAUUGUCAACAUGGUUUUGGAGAAUCCUCAAAAUGUGAAUCCCGCGCCUUUCUCGGUAUAGAUGGAUCCGGCGGAGCUGCGUCGGGUAUUCGGAAUGUUCGACCGAAACGGCGACGGAAAAAUAAGCCGUCGGGAACUGAGCGAGUCGCUGGAGAAACUGGGGAUACACAUUCCGGAGAAGGAGCUGAAGCAGAUGAUCGAGAAGAUCGACGCGAACGGCGACGGGUUCGUGGACGUCGACGAGUUCGGGGAGCUGUACGCGGCGAUAAUGGAGGACGAGGGCAGGGCUGACGAGGAUGAGGACAUGAGGGAGGCGUUCAACGUGUUCGACCAAAACGGCGAUGGGUUCAUCACCGUCGAGGAGCUCAGGGCGGUGCUUUCGUCUCUGGGCCUCAAACAGGGCCGCACCAUCGAGGACUGCAAGCGGAUGAUUAAGAAGGUCGACUUCGACGGCGACGGACGGGUUAAUUACGACGAGUUCCGGCAGAUGAUGAAGGGCGGUGGAUUCGCCGCCUUGAGUUCGUGAGUCAUAUAUUAUUACUGCAGGUGAUUAUGCAUGCAUG